GUCCAACCUUGUCUACCUUCGUUUUUUUUUUGGUAGACAAACCUUGUCUACUUCACUCCCCUGCAGUUCCUGUUCUUUUAAAGUUUAAACUUUCCGUUUUGCUUCGUGUUGGCCGGAAAAACCCUAGUCUUCUGUGUUCUUCUUGGGUCUUCUACUUCACUCAAUCAAGGAAAAAUGACUGUGGAAGCAGUAAAUCCGAAGGCUUACCCACUGGCAGACGCUCAGCUGACUAUAACCAUUCUUGACCUCAUUCAACAAGCCGCCAACUAUAAACAGCUCAAAAAGGGUGCUAAUGAAGCAACUAAGACUUUGAAUAGGGGAAUUUCGGAGUUUAUAGUCAUGGCAGCUGACACUGAACCUCUAGAAAUCCUUCUCCAUCUUCCCCUGCUUGCUGAAGACAAGAAUGUGCCAUAUGUGUUUGUCCCUUCUAAGCAAGCCCUUGGUCGAGCAUGUGGAGUCACAAGGCCUGUCAUUUCUUGCUCUGUGACGAGCAACGAGGGAAGCCAGUUAAAAUCCCAAAUAGAGCAACUGAAGGGUGCUAUUGAGAAACUCCUGAUCUGAAAUUUUGCUUGAAACCUCAGUGUGAUGGGCUUCUAGGAUCAUUAAUUUAGAUACUCCAGAGGCUUUGACUGAUGAAGUUGUGCUAUUGGAAAGGUCCUUUUUCCCAUUUGGGCAUUUUCUAUCUUGUCAUAUGAUUGUAAGCAUGCGAUUUCCUUGAGUAGUAUCAUACUGUCAUAGAUGUGGAUGGGCUUAUUGAAUUUAGAGGUUACUAUUUUCGUUACAGGCAUGUUGGAUGUUAUGUAAGAGUAAGUAGUAGAAAGCAUUUUUUUUGGGUUUA